UCCGCAAAUCCAUCGUCGUCCGCAAAAGCCCUCUGGACAUACAUCGAACCCGCCCUCUUCCACAUCCUCCGCUCUCCCUCCAACAAUCCCUCAAAACCACCCGUCCUCGACGUCGCAUACCACGUCGGCAUACACACCGCAGUUUACAACUACUUCACCGCUCCAGACUCCAACCAACCCUCCUCUCCGCUCCCGCCGCUCUCCGAACUUGCUUUCGACGGCGGAAAUGGUGACGAGUUUCGCGAUGUCGUUCGCGAGGGGCUCUACUCCCAGCUCGACGAUUAUUUUGCAGAAGUAGCUCGCGAAAUUCUUUUGGGCGCCGCUCAGGACGAAUCAACGCUCAUCCAGUACCUUGUUCCUGCAUUCACCCGCUUCUCGUCCGGCGCACGAUCCGUCGACCGCCUUCUCAGCUACGUCAACAGACACUACGUCAAACGCGUCGCGAGCGAGGAUAAAGGCUGGCUGGCCAUCAGCGACCUCAUAGACCAAGAAGAGCUCUCCACAAUACGCCUCGUCGAAGCCCGUGCCAAACUCUCCAUCAGAUUGCGCGAUCGACGAGCAGAAGAGCUGAAGAAGUGGGGAUACGACCCAAACGUCGAUCCUCCCGAGCGUCGCACCGAAGCAGAAGCAUCUGCCGAGGCCGCCAGUGGCCUGGAUCGUGUAGUCCCAUUGAUCUCCCUAGCUCAUCGGCGGUUCAGAGUAGAGGUUCUCGAGCCGCUUCUUGCAGUACCAAAGGCGAAGGGGAAGGGGAAGAAGAAAGGGAAGACAAAAGCGCCACCCGCAGCUCAAUCGAAUGGAGGGGCGGAGAAGCCCUCGGGUCCCAAGGGUAGACUUGCGCGAGCGGUGAAGGAGCUGUUGGAGUCUAAGGAGGGCGAUGAGCAGGAAAGGAGGACUCUGGCGGAGGGUGUGGCCAGAAUGCUAGCCGUGACCGGUGUUCGACCGGAACAUCCACUACGGCGACGUUUG